AUCGGUAACUCGGUGACUCAGUCACACACUAGAAGUCCAAUAGAGAAGACGGUCUGCUCUCCUUUGCUGCCUUUGUCACACCUUUCUUGACUGGGCAAUUAUCCUUAGAUAUGGAAACCCAAGACAAAUGCUUGUUUUGGCUUUGUGGGUCUGUGUUACUCGUGUUUUUACCCAUCGUUCUGAACUGCUGGAUUAUUCUACUAUGCGCUGGUAUGCUUACCUAUGAGGACUCUCUGGAAAACGCGAAUAAUCAAACAUUGGUGGAACCAGCUGACGAAAUCUGUCGUUUGAUGCUGGAAGUCUUGGGCGGCUCGGGAGCGACGGAAGGAGUGACCACCUCCUUGAACAACAUCAUCGCCAUGGCAGUCAUCUCCAUUUUUAUUGGAACGAACUAUAUUUGUCUGCUCUUCUGGAUCCACGUCAAGGGCAGGAUUUCACUACACUCGGAGAGACCGCUCGGGUACCUUCGUAAACGAAGGAUAUUCAAGUCGUGUGUGGUGGUUUUUACACUGAUGAUUCUCGUGGAUCUGUUCGGGGUGAUCACUUCAGGUGCGGUCGUCUUACGAGCUUCGCAAAAAGCUGGUGACAUCGCAAUCCACUCACAAGAGUCCUCGGCCGGAAAGAACUAUUCCAUCAAGGAAGAGGAAACUAGCUUCAUGUACCUGUACGUAACUGCCGUGCUUUUGGCCUGCUUUGUAGCUGCGGACGUUGUAAUUCUACUUAUUAAAUUGCGCACGAACAUCUUAUCCACGCGACCUGAUGAGGAUCAAUGGCAGUCACCCGAUGACCUCAUCCCAUAUUCAUAUGAUCUUCAGGCCCUAGGAAAUCCUCUACGACGUUGAAGAGAAAAGUAUCGUAAGAAAAGGGCAAAUAAGAUUCAGUAUACUGCAGUCAAGGAAGAAAUGUUUUUUAAGAAAUGGUGAAACUGUUAAGAGAAGUAAGAACGCCAAUUCUUAGGGUUCAAGAAAUCUUUUUCGUGAUCAAGUGAUUAAGCUUUAUGUUUUCGUUCUGUCGAAGUAGUCAAGGAAGGAAAACAACAUUACACUUGCUAAAUGAAGUUAAGUUUAAGUCUUGGUUCAGUUUUGUAAGCGAAGAGCUUUUGUCAGUGCGGUCAUUGUUGCGUUUUAUGUCUAGGCCAGUUUAGUCAAGUAUCACUGAUUAGCUUACUUAUGGAGAUCAUACUUUCUUUAUAAUUUUUAUGCUUUCGAAGACAUUUUUGUUAUUGUCACGGCCGGUCAGUCUUAUUUAACACUGACGCUUACCUUAACGGAGUCAAUGAUUGUUAUGUCUGGAAUCAUACUCUUCCAAAAGAGAUCAAUAGCCAUUCUGUUCUUUUAAUUGCGUUCUUGGCUUUUUGCCCACUGGGGAGAUUUACAUUAAUCUGCAUUCAGGCAUUUGCCACUGUCCUGGACUGAAUCACUUUGUCUCCAGCCAAGCUUCUACCAAAUGUCACUAAUCAUGAUUUUAAUAUAAAAUCAUCCUUUUGCCUCUGUGAUGACUGAUCAGUUUUGUACACAUCAUAUUUUCUUGUAGAUCACUGAUUAGUAUUACAAGCACAGUCAUACUGCUGUCAUUAUUUGUGCUGACAAUUGUUACACGUGUAACCAACUUUCUGUGGUUUUGCGUUUGCUAUCAUGCCUGUGUCAACUAUGUUACUUUCUACUUGGCCAUCAAGCCUGACUUCUCCACCUUCGACUCCCGAAACCUUGAAAGGCAAUAAUAGUUGAAGUGUUUCAAUGGUGAAAUUUUUUAUUCGCAUUAUUCUUAUGACUCUCACUCCUUUAUAUUUAUAUUACAAGUAUUGUUACCACCUUUCAUGAAAAAGUGACGUUAGCACUAUUAAUGUACAUUAACACCAAACUCAUAAUUCGUGAGUGUAGCAGAAGUAUCAUCAGCAUGUUUAUGGAUGGCAUCAGGGUGUUGUCAUCCAGCUUCCCGGAACAGCAAAAGACGUAAUCAUCCAUGUUCAGGUAAUAGCAAAAAGUUGUAAUCCUUGUCUAUGCAACAGCUAGCGAUGCAAAUAUUCAUGAAUAUGGCGCAAGGCAGUCAUUCCAGGUUGGAGUAUGUCUAAAUCGUGUAUCUGCAAAGGGCAAAACAAAGGAAUAGUAAAUAAGUUGUUUUACUUAAUAUUUUCGUUACCGUGACCACCAGUCAGCCUUUGAUCAAUCCUCAAGCUUACAAUAAAAAAGUCAGUGAUUAUUAUGUCUGGAAUCACUUUUCCAAGGGUAAUUAACAGUCAAUCUCAUUUAUUUGCUAUUCUGUCUUGAUCGCCUUUAGCUUUACACUGAGGGGUGAUCUUUGAUCGAUUGUAUGUUUACAGUCUUCAUGGCAGUGUAGUCAUUGUAAUUUAGCUUCUAUCGCUGUGUUACUAAUCAUAAUUUAAAGUUGAAAUCAUCCAUUUUGUCUAUGUGAUCAUUGAUCAUUAAAAAAUAUCACAUUUUCUUUUAGAUCUUUGAUUGAUCAUUACAAGUAUAGUCAUGCUCUUACCACUGUGUUGAAAGUUGGUACGCGUGCUACCCAAAGUCUUUAGUUAGACGUUUACUACAUAUUUUCGUUAACUAUUUUACUAUUUGCUUGGCCAUCAAGUCUGAAGUCUUCACCAUCGAUUCCUGAAACCUUCAAAUACUGCGGUCACGCUAUUAAUAGUUAAGUGUAUUAAUUUUAAAAUGUCCCAUCUCUAUUAUUCUUAUGACACUCAAUCACUAUAUUUAUAUUACUAGUUUUGCUAUCCAUUCAUUCAUGUGAAAUACUGACUGUUUACGCGCAUGAACUGUAAACCGUCAUAAUUCGUGAGGGUAGCUGAAGCAUUAUCAUCAUGUCUAUGGAAGGCAUCAGGAAUAAUUAUCAUUGUGUAAGCAAAACCAGAGGGCGUCGGUAUCGAAGUCUCCAAAGCACCAAAGGAUGUAAUCAUCUAUGUUUAUGGAGCAGCAAAAGUUGUUAUGCUUGUCUAUGCAACAGGUAGGGCUGUAAAUAUCUGUGAAUAUGGCGUAAAGCAGAUAUUCCAGGGUGAAGUUUGCCUAAAUGUGUGUGUUCUCGAAUGGUAAAAGGCUAAACAAAGGAAUAUGAAAUUUCUGAAGGGGUUAUACUCACAUCUUUAUUAAGUUGCAUUAUCUACAUCAGAGUUACUCAAUAUGCUUGUGCACGAAAAAAAGUGAAUGAUAUGUAAAUAAGUUCCUUGAAAGAUUGCAAAUUGUUUGGUUGUGUAUUCAUAUGUAACUUUGCAGGACUAGCAAAAAUAUAAG